AUGAGCAGCCCCAAAGGGAAGGCCCCGCCCCGUGGCCAGGAGGAGCGGAACAACGUCCUGCAGCAGAUGAGGGUGCGAACCACACUGAAGGGGGACAAGAGCUGGAUCGCCAAGCAGGACGAGUCCGAGGGGCGCACCAUAGAGCUACCUUCCAGCCGGAGCCGGGCCACCUCCUUUUCGUCCCCCGGGGAAGCCCAGAAGGCCAGGUCUGUGAACACACGGGCCCCCGUGGGCUACAUCAUCAGGGGAGUGUUCACCAAGCCCAUUGACAGCUCGUCCCAGCCCCAGCAGCUCUUCCCCAAGGCCAAUGGUGCGCCUCAGAGCCCCUCCAGUCCGGUGCGAGUGGCUAGCAUCGGGCCCCCCCGGGCCUCAUCCUCUGGCUACAAGUUGACUACCGAGGACUACAAGAAGCUGGCGCCCUACAAUGUCCGGCGCAGCUCAGCAGGGCCAACCGAGGAGGAGGAGGAGAUGCCCUUCACAUCUGAUGAGCAGAGAAGAAGGUCAGAGGCUGCGAGCAGUGUGCUCAGGAGGACGGCUCCCCGGGAGCACUCCUACGUCUUGUCAGCAGCGAAAAAGAGCGCCAGCAGCCCUACCCAGGAGCCACAGACCCCGUUCAUUGCUAAGCGGGUGGAGGUUGUGGAAGAGGCCGGGCCUUCUGAGAAGCGCCAGGACUCACCUGCUCUGGCCAGAGCCACUUCUGCCUUGCCUAGCAGCAAUGGAGGCAGGACGAAGGUGUCGAGCAGUGUUUGCAUGGAGCACGUGCCAGGCCCGCCAAGCCCAGCUGGGAGCUGGGAGCACAGCAGGAGAGGCGAGGACGUCCACCUGCCGAUCACGACCCCCCAGAUGGAACUCCACCUGGCGGCCCCAGACCUAGAAGGAGCGAGGUCUCCCUCAGGUCACAAAGACAAGGAGGCCCCCAGCCCCAGAGAGCCCGAGAGGGACUUGGCUGGUGAAGGGGUCUUCGAGGCCUCCGACCCACACUCUGAAAGGCUGCACUUGCCUGCUCACUUUGCCCCUCUCUUGGAUGACCGGGGUGUGCACAGCGCCAGCUCUCCGUGCCACAAGCCUGGACUCAUGGCCACCAGUGCCCGCCGGGAAAUGGGACGGUCAAUACCACGAAAUGGCCGUCGCGGGCGAGCUGUGUCUCGGCGGCGCUUCUCCGGAAGCUAUGCCCGCGUUGACCGCGAGAUGGCGCGCCACGAUCACAAAUCGGCCAUGGCCCUACCCGGCCCCGCCCUGGCGCCCGCCGCCCCUCCCCCGCCGCCUGGGUCAGAGUCAGUGGCCCUCCCCCGGCAGCGGUUGGAGAGUCGCACAGCCUUGUCAGAGGGUGGAGAGCAGAAGGCUGAUAGCAAGGCCAGAGAGGCAUGGCAGGGGCUGCCCGCCACCCUGAGAGGAGGACCGGCCAGCGCUAGUCCACAGCCUGCAGGCGCCAGCAGCCUGGAGGGGCCCAGCAGCCCCCGAGGACCCAAGCAGCUCAUUGAAGCGGAGGGCCACUCUGGCAGGCACGUGCGGUGCCCGACGCUCCGCACGGGGCUGGGGCAGAGGCUGCUUCGGGCCAGCUGGCCUGCUGCACGCGGGCUUUCCUCGCGAAGCACACCUGCCCGCGGCCUCAGCAUCCUAGCGCCGCUGUCAGACGCGCCACAGGCCAGCGCCUUUAAGGAACGAAAUGUGUUGUCUCACAGUGUGCGCCUGCGCGCGUGUGCGGCCAACCCAAAUGCUAUGCGCCUGCGCAUAUAUGACUCCAGGAGUCUGCGGCCGUCAUAUGUGCGCUUGCGCGCGCCGCCAUUUCCCGUAGCCUCGGGCUCGGCCGCGGUGCCCUCCGGGAAAUGCGACAGUCAACCCUACGAAAUGGCCGUCCUGGGCCAGCUCGGCCUCGCUGGCGCUUCCCCUGCAGCCAUGCCCGAGCCUGCCAGCAGAUGCGCCUUCAUGGAGUCUGAAGAGCAGAAAUUCGCCACCGAGCCUGGAGAGGCCCCCAGAAGGGACCAAGGAGACCCAGCUGCCCCCAGCCUGCGGCCCGUAGACGCCAGUGGCCCACAGAGGCCAAGCAGCCCCCGAGGCCCCGAGCAGCUCACUGAACUGGAGGGCCACUCUGGAAGUGUCGUCGGUGGAGAGGACGCCUCUGACGUGCAGAAGAAGCAGCCCCCAGGUGACGGCAGUACUCCCUAUCCUGCCAGCGCAACUGGGAGGCUGUGCACAUACUGCCGCCGUGAGAUCGGAGACUGUCCCAAGAUCACGCUGGAGCACCUGGCCAUCUGCUGCCACGAAUACUGCUUCCAGUGCGGGGUCUGUGGUAAGCCGAUGGGAGACCUGCUGGACCAGAUCUUCGUCCACCGGGACACUGUGCACUGUGGGAAAUGCUAUGAGAAGCUCUUCUAG